AUGGGUAAAUGUCUAGGACUAAGUAUUAAAUCGUCUUAUAUGGAAGCAAGGGUACGAGCUAUGUGGAGAAUUAAAGGAACUUUAGAAAUUAUUGAUGUAGGGAAAGGAGUUUUUUAUUUUCGUUUUUCGACUGAAGAAGACUAUGAAAAAGCCUUAUUUGGAGGUCCAUGGUUCAUUUUGGACCACUAUCUUAUGCUCACUACUUGGAAACCAAAUUUUAGACCAUCUUUACAUAAUUUUGACAAAAUUAUGGUUUGGGCUAGAUUCUCGGAGUUACCUGUGGAGUAUUACGAUAAGGAAGCGUUGUUUUGUAUUGCGGGAUUAGUGGGCAAACCCAUUCGAGUGGAUUAUGCCACAGACAAAAUAACUAGGGCCCGAUAUGCGCGGGUUUGUAUUGAGGUUGAUUUAGAUAAACCACUAAUUACAAGAGUUUGGGUCGGUGGAGAGUGGCAGAUAAUAACUUAUGAGAAUCUCGAUACCUUAUGUUUUGAAUGUGGUAGAAUUGGGCAUGUAAAACAGAAUUGUUUAAACAAAAAACAUUUGGAUCAAAGUAGUCCUUAUACUAAGGAUUUCUCGUCUAAUGAUUGUAAUAAUCAGGAACGAGGAAAUAAUGGUAGUAUUGAGGAAGGGUUAGUGGCUCCACAAAAAUUAAAUAACCAUACAACCCAAGAAUAUGGGCCAUGGACUUUAGUUACUAAUAAGAAAUACACUAAACAACGAAUUGACAGUUAUAAAGGAAGAUUGGGAGGAACUACCUCGAACAAUUCGAAAAUUAAUGACUAUGGGAAGAAAUCCAACAACCAACAGGGUAUUACCAGAAUAAAUGCUACGAUUUCUUCAAAAAAUGCAGGUGACUUACCCUCUUCUUCUUCCGCCCAAUCAACAAAGCAGCUUCAGUGGUCUACUAAUAAUUUUAUGAUUCAGAAUAAUGAAGAAAAUCUAUUCUCUAUAUCAACAAGCAAACAUAUUAAAGAAAACAGCGAGUUCCAACACGUGGCUCCAAGCUCGAAGCCGUUGGGCGAUGAUACAUUGGCUGUUGAUGCUUUAAACCCUUGCUCUACCCCCACAAAUAAGACUUCAAAUAGUCCAAAGCACACAGCAGUUUCUAUUCCCCACUCCCCUUCUUCUACACUUUCUCUCUCUUCACCUAAAAAACAAACACCUUUUAGCUCUUCUUCUUCUGUUUCUCAUGGAGUCCGAUCAAAAGCCGAAAGUCUCAUGCAUGGAGACGACAUUGCCAAUAAUAACCACUUAUCAACGACAACCUCAGGAAUUAGGGAAAAGGAAGGACUUUUGCAGGAUUCCGGUCAAUAUCCCGUCCAUACUACCGGAGGAUCCUUGGGAACAAAGGUCCGAUCGAACCCUGAAUCUAUUUCCCUCAUCGCCGAUGUCGACAUGCACGACCAAGAAAGGAACAACAGCAACGUUGGGAGAACUGAGGAGCAGUUUGAAAACCCUCAACUCUCUCAAUUACAAAGGCCCUCCAUAUUCCUUGCCUCUGAGAAACAGGGCUUCCAAUCGGGAGAGAAACCCGAAGUCACCCAUUGUUAG